AAGGGCCGGCCGGAGCCCGUGCCCCGCAUGCAGCCGGCCAUGAUGAUGUUCUCCAGCAAGUACUGGGCCCGGAGGGGCCUGUCGCUGGACUCCGCCAUGCUGGACCAGCAGCGGGGGGGCUCCCUGGGGUCCCGCCGGCCCUCCUGCGGCCCGAUCGAUGAGAAGGACAGCCGCGUGCAGCCGGACGAGUCCGGGAAGACCACCGUGGUGUUCGCUCUGAAGAACGAGAUCGGCUGCCUGGUCAAGGCCCUGCGGCUCUUUCAGGAUAAGGGGGUGAACCUGACCCAUAUCGAGUCGCGUCGGUCCAAACGCCGGGCCUCGGAGGUGGAGAUCUACGCGGACUGCAGCUGCAGUAAGGGCCAGUUCAGCGACCUGGUGCAGCACCUCAAACUGCACCUGAGCAUGGGCUCCCUGACCGCGCCCGAGAACGCGCUGUCUGAGGAGGAAGAGCUGGAUGAAGUGCCCUGGUUCCCUCGGAAGAUCUCGGAGCUGGACCAGUGCGCUCACAGGGUGCUGAUGUACGGCUCGGAGCUCGACGCUGACCAUCCGGGCUUUAAAGACACCGUCUACCGCCAGAGGAGGAAGUACUUUGUGGAGGUCGCCAUGAACUAUAAAUUUGGACAGCCCAUCCCGAGGGUCCAGUACACGGAGGAGGAGGUGAGGACGUGGGGCGUGGUUUACCGUGAGCUCACCAAGCUGUACCCCACCCACGCCUGCCGCGAGUACCUGAAGAACCUCCCGCUUCUCUCAAAGCAUUGUGGGUACCGGGAGGACAACAUCCCGCAGCUGGAGGACGUGUCCAUCUUCCUCAGAGAGAGGUCGGGGUUCAUGGUGAGGCCUGUCGCGGGAUACCUCUCCCCCCGGGACUUUUUGGCGGGGCUGGCGUACCGCGUGUUUAACUGCACCCAGUAUGUGCGCCACAGCACCGACCCGCUGUACACGCCCGAGCCGGACACGUGCCACGAGCUGCUGGGCCACGUCCCCCUCCUGGCCGACCCCAAGUUCGCACAGUUCUCCCAGGAGAUCGGCCUGGCGUCGCUGGGGGCCUCGGACGAGGACGUGCAGAAACUGGCCACGUGCUACUUCUUCACCAUCGAGUUCGGCCUGUGUAAGCAGGAGGGGAAGCUGAGGGCCUAUGGAGCUGGCCUACUGUCCUCCAUCGGAGAGCUGCAGCACGCCCUGUCUGACAAAGCCUCCGUCAAGAUGUUUGAUCCCAAAACCACCUGCUACCAGGAGUGCCUCAUCACCACCUUCCAGGACGUGUACUUCGUCUCGGACAGCUUCGAGGAGGCCAAGGAGCAGAUGAGGGAGUUUGCCAAAACCAUCCAGCGGCCUUUCUCCGUGUACUACAACCCGUACACCCAGAGCGUGGACCUGCUGAAGGACACCAGGAGCAUCGAGAACGUGGUGCAGGACCUGCGCAGCGACCUGACCACCGUGUGCGACGCCCUGGGCAAGAUGAACAAGUACCUGGGCAUCUAGCGCGCUAGGUAGCGCUAGCACGCUAGGUAGCGCUAGCACGCUAGGUAGCGCUAGCACGCUACGUAGCGCUAGCGGCCGCUUCAAACUCAGCGCCCAGGUCUGCGCUGAGAUCCGUUUGGUUUGAGUAGUAGACGCCCGGGUGUUUCUUAGAUGUGUCUGUCA